AUGAAGUUAAUAGUGAAUGACAACAUUGUCAUUAUUGUUGUUGUUUGUUGUGAUCAUGUGUCCACUCUCAAGUCGUGCACGAAAGUCGCCGUGGAUUUCAUUUCCCCGGAGAAUGUGAGGGAGUGCCUCCGAUUAACAGAGGAGUUCCGACAACUUCCCAAGAACCACAGGGCAAGGGAGGACAAACUUGAGAUUAAGAAAAUGAUGGUUUACGCAGUGGAGGAAGCAGUCCGGGACUUGGAAGAGCUGACGAUGAUGAAGGCUUAGAGAAAGCAC